GGAGGCGUAUAUAAACCCACGCCUCCGUUCUCCUCCGCUUUCGCUUACGUUGUCGAGUUUAGGGUUUGGGGCGGUUCUCCGCGUUGGCGAGAUCCUUCUUCCCGAGGCUUGACCAGGAUGGUGAGAAUCAGCGUUUUGAAUGAUGCUCUCAAGAGCAUGUACAAUGCAGAGAAGCGUGGAAAGCGGCAGGUCAUGAUUAGACCAUCAUCUAAAGUGAUUAUUAAGUUUCUCCUUGUAAUGCAGAAGCAUGGAUAUAUUGGUGAGUUUGAAUACGUGGAUGAUCACCGGGCUGGUAAAAUAGUUGUUGAGUUGAAUGGGAGACUGAACAAAUGUGGUGUGAUUAGCCCUCGCUUUGAUGUGGGCGUCAAAGAGAUUGAGCCUUGGACUGCCAGGCUACUCCCAUCACGUCAGUUCGGUUACAUUGUGUUGACCACAUCUGCUGGAAUCAUGGAUCACGAAGAAGCUAGAAGAAAGAAUGUUGGUGGUAAAGUGCUCGGCUUCUUUUACUAGAUGGGCUUUUUUUUUUAUGAGGCUGCAGAUCAUAAAUGUAAUCCUUGUGAGAACUUGGUAAUUUUGGAUUAUGGUAUCCGUCUUCUCUGUCAGCUCCUGGAUCUGGAGUCCAUAUUGAACAAGUCAGAUACUCCAUUUCAAAGUAGACCUGAUUGAUUCUGCUUCCAAUAGUUUAUUAUCUUAAUACUUAAUCACGAAAAAAAUUUAAAUGUGGUUUAGUUCUUGGUAA